AUGUCGCGUUUGGCCGCCUGUGAAGCCUGUAGAAAGGCCAAACUAGCAUGCGACCAUAAAUUGCCGGUCUGCACCCGAUGCAGCACGAAUCAAGGAAUAUGCAUCUACCGAACCACGCCGUUCAAGCGCAAACGAGAGAAGCAAAGUCUUGGCUCACCGGAUGAAUCCUCGUCAUUCAAUCCCCGGCGCAACCCGUACCCGAACCCGGGAUACCUGGGUUCGUCAAGCCAUGCUGCCAUCUUCAAACACAUCACUCCGGAUGGCGACCAUGGGGGUCACCAGGCUGCGCCGGAAACCCUGCACUCGGAUCUAUUCGGUGAUAACCAUCUUGUCUUGCAAGGGGCUGAUAUCCUCAAGCAUCUUCUCACGAAAUAUGAGCUAUCCGCAAUGAAAGAUCUGGUUGUGUUCUGGUUGGCCAAAGGUGCCAAUCUCGCACUGGCUGAGCCAUUCGUGAACCAGUGUACUCGGAGCGUGAGCCAACUAUUUACGUACCAUGACGAGAACUGGCAUCUGGUCUAUGCGAGACGUCUCUUGCAUAAUUCAGCCCAACCUUUGCAUUUUAACGAUUCCUCUGAUCUGGAUGGUUUCUCGGCUCAGUUCCUGGAUCAUAACUCCCGAUGGGAGACUCUGGGGAUAUUCUUCGCUGCAGUCAGCCGUGCAACGAUUGAUAUUCCAUUUUUCCCUUCUCUUUAUGCUACAGAGCAACAGCAAUACACACUCCGAAGACUGUGUACGAAACUCUGUGAUUUCGCUCUAGAGAUUUCCCUCUCUUUAGAUUGUCUCAAUGACCUCCAACUAAUAAUGCAAUACGAAAACUUCAUUGUCCACUCCUACGUGGAUGGCGAUCAGAGCUAUCACUCAUGGCGCAAGCUGGGAGACGCAAUAUCUUCCACCUUCGCCCUGGGUUACCACGAGAACAUCGAAGCCAAACUCGGGAUUCCGACUUUCCUCAAGGAGCUUCGAAAGACAGCAUUCGCGCGCAUCUACUCGGCAGACAAAAAUAUAGCCAUCUUUCUCGGCCGUCCGCCACGGAUGAAUAAACGCUUCUGCCACUUCCAGAUCCCCGCUUGUCGCAACGCCCAGGGAUCUGAGUGGACUCAUAACGCAGAAGCUGGCUAUAGGGCUGACACGCGCUGGUCUGCGCUAUGCGCCUCAUUAAAGGAAGAGAUCUGGGAGCUUCUUCAGGAUAAACACGACCCGUCGUGUACACAACGAGCCAGUGUGAUUCAGAGUCAAGCAGAGGCACAGUGGCAAGCUUUGCCAUCCCACUUCCGACUUGAAAGCAGUCUGAAGCAAUGUACACAAGGACCUUUUGAACGGGACUUUGUCGCCGGCGUUCGGCUGCACCAUCUACACGUCCUUUUUCUACUUCAUCUGUUACGUCUGAGAUCGCCCACCGAGCCCGAUCUUCCCAUCAUCGAGACUGCAGGCCAGAUGCUUACACUUGUCGUUGAGAUCAUCCUCCUGCGCGAUCAACUCACUAACUCUGGAACCGGUCUUAUCUGGAAGGUCGCAUACUAUGGUCUUCCUGCCGCGGGGAUGAUGCUUCUCGCUAUGUUGAAACAAAACAUGCCACGGGCACACCGAACUCGCUCGUUACAAGACCUGAGUGUUUUUGUGGCGGAAGUUCAGAUUGGAACGAUUGUUCGUGCCGGAGACCCAAACUACGCGUUGCUGUCCAAAGCUACGAGAACCAUCCAGCGAUUCUUAGAUACCACACGCUCUGAUGCGUUGGUAGAGCCAGUUGGACAGGAGGAUGAGUGGGCUGCGCUGUUGAGCCAAGAUUUAUGGGAUUUCGAGGCUGGGUUCUGGCAGAGUUUGGCUGAUCAUCCUUCUUUGUUGGCUAUUGAGCCUUCCUUGCCCCCUGUUUGA